AUGCAGCCUCAGCCCGGCCCGGCCACCCUUUGGGGUAUUUUGGAGUCCGAGAACUCCCCUUCAUCGCCUGGACACACCUGUGGAUCAGAAGUCUCUGACUACAUCCCAUUCCUUCCGUCCCCGGCCCCCAACCCUGCUGCCGAGCUAUUCGGAGAAGAACUCCAGAACUUGGAGAUGCCCCCCUUCAACGGAGACUUCCUCGCUUCGCGCUUCUGUCGCACCGCUACUUCGCGCGAUCUCGUUCGCAUUAACUACGGUUUGUUCCACGAUAACUACCCGAAUGUCCGCGACGUCGCGGACCCGAGCAUGUUUCUGGAGCGAGGCAUCGCCACUUUGGAGAGGACCCUUUUCGGAAUCGACCUAGGCGUCAUCGUCGCGCGCGGCACCCCCAUCCUCGUGCACGUCGAGAUGCUGCGCCCUCUGCCGCACUUGUACUGGAUGUUCGUGGACCCGCGGGACGGGGCCCGCUACCGCGUGGUGCACGUGCUCGAGUCGCCCGAGGCGUGGAAGAUCGCGCUGCUGGCCGUCUACGGCACCGAGGACUUCGACCUGCGCGAGCCGCGGCUCAUGGGCGAGGACUACAUCGACGCGGUGCGCCUCGCGCAGCGCUGGGCCGCCGUCGAGUUCGUCCGCGACGCCCUCGUCGACUACUUCAAGUCCUACUGCACCCGGCUGGCCGUUUCCCUGCGCCGCCAUAACGUCGGUCCGAUCACCGCUGCGGCUGCUGCUACUGCUGGUCCGGGUAAUUCUGUUGGCGCCCUCGCCACUCCGCAGCAGCUCGCUGCUGCCCGCGCGCACGAGCUCGCGCUGCAGGAGAUCCAGCGCUGCUUCUGGCGCUACUCGGAGGUUAGCGGGUCCUACCGCACGCUUCCCGUGGGAGCCUUCGGCGCCUGGGCCGUGAGGGCUAUCAACCAGACGUACAUGCUCAGCAGACUGCCCUAUCUGACCCACACUUUCCGGCAGGAGAUUACUUUGGCCCUCAUAGUCCAAGCCAACGCUUACGUGUUUGACUACACGCCGGAUGAGCCGAUCUUCUUGUUCUGAUUCGUAGGGAGAUUGGUCUGUUACGUGUGACUGAGCCUGCCUAAGGAGGUAGGUAUUGCACUCUACGCAUCGUCGCCGCUUGGCGUUUUGAAGAAUACUUGAAUCUUUUUUCUACGGUUGGGAUACGAUAGGGUACGUAUCGCGACUUAUCCUGGGUGUCAUUCUUCUUGAAGAAGCCAUAGGAUGCAAGCAUGUUGUUGUUGUUGGUGGUCGCAGAGAUUUUGUCUCUGUUCAUUGAAAGCUCGAACCAUUUCAUUAUUUGAAGGUUCGAACUACUUUUUCAUUGCAUCUUUUGUGGUAAGGUGAUGAUGAUCAUGAAAGUAUUCCAGGAUGAAUGACUGGUUUCUUACGAUCGUAUUGGCGCAUACUGGUUAGGUUCGUUCGGCAUUGAAAAAUACUUGAUCCCUUUCGAAUUCAAUCUGCAUGUUUUCGAAGUUGAAGUUGGAGUUGGAGCAAGGUUUGGACCUUUCCUACCAUCAUAGUAACGGGUUUCCGGGGUUUAACGGCCUGCCCAUCUUGUUGUAGUCUCAGUGUACAUCGCAAAGUCUCAGUCCCUUAAGGACAAUACAAAAAUGAC